AGCCAAUUCGGCUCUUAGCUGAGCUGGCUAAGAGUCUGACCGAUUCGGGCGCUAUGUUUGUGCUGGUCCUUGCUUUGGCCAGCAUUUCUGUGGCAAGAGGCUCGGUACCACCUUGUGCCCAAGAAGGAGUAGCCUACAAGGAUCCUGCCGUGACGCGCAAAAACGGGGGCAAACCAUAUGAUGCACUGGCGUGCCAGAUGUAUUGUGAGACAACCCCAGAUUGCAAUUUUUUUACAUACUACCAGGAAUCAAAGGAUUGUUGGCUUCUGGGAGCUGACGCAAUCAUGACACCCAAUGUGGCGGGUGCCGUGAGUGGGCCAGAGGAUUGCAACCACAUGCGGGAAGGCAGCAAUGUGGCCACGUCUGAGCCGAACCCCCUCAGCAAAUACCCGGACGUGAAGGUUGCUCCUCAAUCUCCUGAGAUUUCUGAACGUGUAGCUGCGCAAGACGAUACUGAUGGUGUGCUUGCUGCAUCUUCUGGGGGCUCAGACUUCCCAUUUGGGUGGGUUCUGGGUGGAGCAGCAGCUGGGCUCGGUGUUGCCGGGCUUGGCGCUCUUUUGUGGACGAAGUCGGGAGGCAUGGGCCGUUCACGCAAAAGAACAUCCAGAGGUGUGAAGGUGGAUGGGAAAGAUCAGACUGGUGUUUCGAGUGAGGACAGGCCAUUGAUGCAAGGCACAGUGCCGGUGCCAUCGCCUUUCCAGCCUGCCUUCCAGAUGCAAAGCAUGCCUCAGGCGACGCCAUAUUUUGCGCCGCCAUCGCCUAUGAUGAACCAGCCUUACAGAAUGCCCGCCUAUGGCCAUCCACCGCAGGCCUAUGCGCCGCGGUACUACGCUUGAAGCGCCAGCGGCUGCCAAGUACCCCCGCUGCUGCAAGUCACACAGUGCUCCUAGCUUGCAAAGGCAAGCAGUGAGGCUGUGGAAUUGGAAGUAGGCUUACGACGUUUGCUCUUACGACGUCUACUACAAUGGCUUAGAUAAUGGCCUUGGAGCCGUG